CUCCAAUGUCUAUUGACCAAAGUACUGAAGACAAUCUUGAGCUUAUGCGCCAGCCGGACUGGUAUGAUAAUGCGCAAAAGUACUGGACAGCCGUCUCACCUACAGUGAAUGGCAUGCUUGGUGGAUUCGAAACUAUUGAUCCCAUUGACGUCAAGGGAUCAUUAUCUUUUGUGGAUGAGUUUGUCCAUGGUGUACGAGGUGUGAACAAUGUUGUUCGAAAAGAGCCUGUAAUGGAUAGCGGCUAUGCUUGUGAUUGUGGUGCUGGUAUUGGAAGAGUCACAAAAAACUUUUUGUUGAAGGUUCCCUUUCAAAAGGUUGAUUUGGUUGAGCAGGCACCCAACUUUGUUGAGCAAGCCAAAGAAAGCUACCUUGCAAAUGAGAUAGAGUCUGGACGCGUAGGCAAUAUAUUCUGUAUGGGACUUCAAGAUUUUACACCUGAGAAGGGAAAAUACGAUCUUAUUUGGUGUCAAUGGGUAUUGGGUCACUUAACAGAUGAUCACUUGGUGGCAUUCUUCAAGAGAUGUAUCAAAGGGCUCAAGCCCAAUGGCAUGAUUGCUGUCAAGGAGAAUAAUGCGUCCAGGGAAGCUAUAAUUGACGAAGAGGAUAGUAGUGUUACAAGACCCAAUAGUUCAUUGAAACAUUUGUUUAAUGAGGCUGGUUUGUCUGUAAUCAAGGAAGAGGUCCAAAAUGGACUUCCUGCUGGAUUAUUUGCCGUGAGAAUGUAUAUGCUGAAGCCGAAUAGACAAGCCUAGAUAUUUUAUCCAAAUAAAUUAUUCGCCUAAAUAUUACUACAUAUAUAUGAAUAUAUAAAUGUAUGUAAUUCUUCUGGAUGAUAAUUCAUUGCUCUUGAAUAUCACAUCAGAAAUUGAAGCUGACACGGCAUAUUGUAU